UCCGUGAACGAUUUAGCUAAUCAACAUCACAUGACGGAUUACUCAUUAGCAUAAACAAAAAAUUACCAAUUUAGUUUCAGCGAAAAUACACUUUACAGCUAUGUCGGGUUGUACGAUGACUUCGAAGGUCGGCUUGAUUUUAAUAGGGUUGAUCUUCUGGGCUGUAGCAGCAGGCUUGUUCUUUGUUGGUGGAUGGGUGUUCAAUACCUACAAACAUUUCGAUGAAAUCGCAGAAGCCAACUUCACCCUGAUUCCUGCCUCCAUCAUCAUCGCAGUGGGUGUGAUGAUGUUUAUUGUUGGUUUGGUUGGAUGCACGGCAGCAUUUAAAGAAAACAAGUGCCUGUUGGCUGUGCUAUUCUCUUUCUUACUGGUGAUUCUAACAGCACUUAUAACAUCAGGAGCUCUUGGCUAUGGAUUCAGAAGUGAUGUUACCAAUGCGGUGGAGAACGGAUUACAGAAGGCAAUUGAUGCUUACAACUCAAACAGUACUCAGCGAGACCAGGUGGAUUACCUACAGAAACAUCUGAAGUGUUGUGGUGUAAACAAUGCCUCUGAUUGGUUGAGUGCUAAGACCUGGGCCCCAACUGCCAACAAAACCGUCCCAGAAAGCUGCUGUGUCUCUGGUGUUAACUGCACAGAGGAGCAGCGAAAAAUGGUCAAUGAUCCUAAAUACAUCUACCAGAAGGGGUGCUAUGAGAAGUUAGAACAUGAAUUCAUGUCCAAUUUGGCCUACAUUGCAGGCACUGCCAUUGGUCUAGCUGUGAUUUUGGUCCUGGGCAUGAUCUGUAGCUGUAUCCUGUUCUGCCGCUCUAAGGAGGUCCGAUAUGAGGCACUAGGAGGACAGUAUGCAGGUCUCCGUGUGUAGGAGCAGGACUGUGUAGGAGUGCUCCUGUGGAAGGCUGUAGGAGUAUCCUAUAGAUGACUGUUAUUGCACUAGAAAAUUUUUUCAGUUCCAAUAUUAAGAAAUGCAACUUCAAACAAGCAUCAUGCACAGUGAUAAACUUACUUCCACCCCCCUUCCUUGUCAGUUUAAAAAAUUAAUGUGUCAUUUUUUUGGAAAAAAUAAUUAUUGAUUGAUUUGGUAACAGUUUUAUCAUGUGUUUAUGUGGGAUUAAUGUGUUUUGAUAAAAUAUUCCAUAUGUGUACAUUGCACGGCAAGAAGUAUGCAUAGCUAUACGUAGAUCUUUUUGAGACUGUACUGUUUCAAAAGAAAAUAACAAGAAAGAAUUACAACUUAAAAUUUUGUAAUUCUGCCAGUUCAAAUAUUAAACCAGUAAUUUUUCAAGCUGGAAAUCAGCAGUUACUUUCCCUUGUGAAUAUUUCAUGAAGGAGGGAGUUGCUAAACAAGCUAGAAUAGUGAUUGAAGCAUACUGGUAUGAGUCAAAAACUGUGUGGUGGCAUGAGAUUUUAAUUUUUCUAUCAGUAUGGAUUGAAUUUGAAUGGAAUUGGUUUAAUGGUGGAAUACAAGCUAUGUCAAACUCAAGUCCAGUUUUGGUUUUCAUUUAAUGUUUUACUGACGUCCAUUUGUACAUACUCCAUCUAUUGUCUUGAAGUAUUUCGUGUAGUGCACAGCUAAUGAUCCUUUACUUGCCCUGUGAUAAUGAUUUUUGCUGAAGAGGCAUUAAAUAUCCUGUCAAUUUUGACUAUCAAAGCUAGUCUUUUUUUGCAACUAAAUUAAUGUCCAAUGUUUUGAUAUGUAAAUUUUGACUAUCAAAGCUAGUCUGCUUUUACAACUUAAUUAAUGUCCAAUGUUCUGAUAUGUAAAUUUUGACUCUGAAAGGUAGUCUGUUUUUACAACUAAAUGUACAUGUACAAUGCAAUGUGAUUUUUUUUUUCCUUUUUGUCUUGAUUAUUACGGAUUUCCUGAAAACGUAAAUAGUGAUAUUAUUUGCAUAAGGUUAAAUGCUUGGUAGAGUAUUUAGUUUGCAUGGCUGAUGGUUAAUUGUGGCAUUAAAUUAUUUCAGUGUCAGUUACAUGUACAAAAAGAAGGUACAAGGAGUAGAGAAGAAAUUUUUUUUAACCAACAUAAAUUUUUGAACUUUAUAUAUGGCCAAGAGACUUAUUUUGAAUGCAUGUAUAUCGCCAACAGAUUUUAAACAGUAUUUUGAUUCCUGUUUUUUCAAUUACUAGUUGUGAUAAAAGUUCAAAAGAAAAAGAUUGUAAUAAAACUUCUGGAAGAAUAUUAGUAAGGAUUGGAUCAAAUGUAGUGGUUGAUCUCAAUGUCAAUGUAUCCCAUGCUGCAUUUUCAGCAGUAUAUAUGAAAAGUCUUUAAAUCAUUCAGUUAUUUAUUAAUUUGUAGUGGCUUAAAAAUGGUGUCAGAUUGUGAUAUUUUAAUUGAAUAUGUAACUUAUUCUGAUAUCAAAGAAUUUCAACUGAUUUUGAAUAUGCAAAUAGAUUUUCAAUCAUGUAAAUGUGCACACAUAUUUGGCAUAAUAUUAUUUUUUUAAACAUCAAAGAUAAAACAACUCUUUUUUUUUUUUUUAGGAAGAAAAAACUGUUUGUAUUAUGAAUCUCUUUUAUUUGGAUUAUUUGCUCUUUGUUGUUGUUUUUUCUAGUAAAUUUGAAAAUACAAA